UUCACAACAAUGUGCUUCGCACUUCCUCUUCUUCCCUCCGCGACCCGGUGUUCAAGUGUGUGUGAAUAUCUUUCGAUUCCGUUUUUAUUUCACACUUUGCAUUCAUGCUGUGGGAUGACAAGUGACCAACAAGUUCAUGCAUAAUUUCUUUGACCUUUAAUCGUUGACAUCAGCAUAUUUUACUAGCCUUUAUUUCUGUUGGAGUCUUAGAGAGAUGGGGACGGUCAUUGAUGACAUCAGACAGCUAUUAAAAGACUGUGAGCUGUUUGUUUUUGAGAUACUUCAUGAUGAGAAUCUCAGUAAUCCUGCUCAAGAGGCCAGGGAAAUACUCCUACGAAAUUUUCAUAUCAUCCAAAAGAGAUACCCACAAGAAUUCCCCCACAGAUUUGAAUCAAAUCUUGAAGAUAGUUCAGAUGACAACCGCAGCUCCAGUCUGGGACGCUCUGCCCCCUCGGAUGACAUGUCAGUGGCCUCUGACUACCAGGAGGAAGGUGCUUCUGAACUUUUUGAAGAGAUCCCAUUGGUGGCUCCACAGGACCUGAGUAACAUUCUAAAGCAAGGCCACCUCGAGAAGAAAAGACGUGAUCACAGUUUCUUCAGCAUAGAAUGGCAAAAGCGAUGGUGUGUUCUGAACAACACAAUAUUUUAUUACUUCGGGAGUGAGAAAGACAAGCAGCAGAAGGGCUCAUUUUAUAUCAACGGCUACAGUGCAGAGCUCGUGCCCAGCUUACGCAAGGACUCCAAGAAGAAUUCAUGCUUCGAGAUGACUGCUCCUGGAAGACGUUCUUACCAGUUUACUGCCAGCAGUCCCCGUGAGGCCAGGGAAUGGGUGGACCAGAUCAAUUUUGUUCUUAAAGAUCUGAGCUCUAACUUAAUUCCCUUUGACGAUGAUGAGGAAGAGGAGGCAGAAGAAGAGGAAGAGACAUAUGAUGACAUUGAACGAGCUACCACACCACCACCCCCACGUCCUGGGCCAGCAUCUGCUCCAGUUCCAAACCCGAGUCUGGGACAAACCUCCCAAAACAGCAGCAAGGAAUGGAAAGACCAAGCAGGGACUCAGGAAGAUGAAGACGAGGAUGAAGAGGACGAAGAGGACAUUUAUGAAGUGCUUCCAGAGGAUGAAGAUACUGACAAUGCUGAAGAGUGGGAUGAAAAGCCUGGGUCUUCAGAUUAUGCAAAUUAUUACCAAGGCUUGUGGGACUGCGAAGCUGAUAGACCUGAUGAGUUGGCCUUCCAGAGAGGAGAUCUCAUCUACAUCCUCAGCAAGGAAUAUAACAUUCAUGGAUGGUGGGUUGGAGAGCUGGAUGGUGCUAUUGGCAUAGUCCCCAAGGAGUUUUUACAUCCUGCUUAUAUUCUAUGAGGUUGGCUUUUUGCGAAGAUCACAGAAUGUUCAGCAUUAUAACACUUUAACACCUGUCAUGGUUUGAAAACCGGUCAAUGAUUAGAUUAGAAUGUGAAUUCAAGUAAAAAAUGCAUUUUAGUCCAUUUAUAGAACCAUAACCCUAUCUGAGACCAAAUUGAUUUGUAUAUAAGACUUUUUAUAUAUUUCAUGAUUAGUGUACACUAAGAGGUUUGUCUAGAUCUACAUUUCAUGGUUUUCUGAUUUGUUCAAACAUAAACCACAUUUAUUCAAAUGGUGUACAUAAGUGUAAGAACUUCUCAUUCAUCAUCACUUAAAAGCUGUUCUAUUUCAGCAGCACAGAAAACAAUUACCCUUUUUAAUAUACAAUUAAGACCAUUACUGCGACAAACCAUCAUGAGUUAUUCUUUAGUGUGUUGAAAGGUUUUCUUCUUAACUGCAUUUCUAUUUGAAAAUUGCUUAGUUCAGAAUUCAACUAACCAUUUCAGCAGAUAUUACUCCAUGGAAAUAACCUGUCAUACUAGUUUAAUUCAAAUAAAAAACCUUGGCACUUUGGA